AUGGCCGGCCCCCAACAACGCCGCAAAUGGUAUAAACUACAAUGGUUUGCAGACCACGACACCAAAGAGGAGAGAUGGCUUCUCCUCAAACUUGAUCUGUUGAUUGUCCCCUAUGCCUUCCUGGCUUACUGGACCAAGUAUAUCGACCAGGCCAAUAUCAACAACGCCUAUGUCUCUGGCCUCAAAGAAGACUUGAAUUUGCAUGGUAAUGAGCUCGUCCAGCUGCAGACUAUGUAUACCAUUGGCGCCGUGGUUGGCCAGCUGCCCUUUGCGUAUUUGUUCACUAAGCUGCCGAUGUCGUGGGUCAUCCCAUUUAUGGAUGUUGCCUGGGGGAUCUUUACGCUGGUCCAGUAUCGGGCUACUUCGUAUGCGGAGCUGGCGGCGUAUCGGUUUCUUGUUGGCUCGUGGUACCGCAGCGACGAGAUCUCCCGACGAGGCGGAUGCUUCUACGUCGGCCUGACCCUGGGCACGCUGACAGCAAGCCUCAUCCAAGCAGGCGCCUCAAGCAGACUCGACGGUGUCAACGGCCUAGCCGGCUGGCGAUGGAUGUACAUAAUCUGCGCGAUAAUCACAAUCCCCAUCGCCAUCCUGGGCUACUUCAUUCUCCCAGGCACGCCCGACAAGCCCAACAAACUCGUCCUCAAACAGGAUGACAUCGCCCUCGCGCGCACGCGCCUCGAGCGCGCCUCGCAUCGUAUCAAAGAAGACCCGCUCUCAUGGCAUACUAUCACCAAAGUCAGCCGUAACUGGAAGUUCUGGGCGCUGCUCUGGCUGGACAUCUUCUUCUGGAACGCCAGCGUCAACACCACGACCGGCGGCUACCAGCUGUGGCUGAAGAGUCUGGACCGGUUCUCGACGAGCCGGCUGAACGAGCUGGCGGCUAUCUCGCCGGCGUUAGGUAUACUUUAUACGCUGAUUGUAUGCUUUUCCUCGGAUCUGUUGCUUGGACCCGCCUGGGCGAUUACCGUGUCCCAUGUCUGGAAUAUCAUCGGCAUCGUCGUCUUGGUUAUCUGGCGCGUUCCGGAGUCAGCUUUGUGGUUUGCUUUCUUUACUACAUACUCGGCUGUUGCUAUGUCCAGUGUGCUGUAUGGCUGGGUUAAUAGUCAGUUACGGUACUCGCCCGUUGAGCGUGCUCUGACACUUGUUCUGGUUAAUGCUGUUGCUCAGUCGACGACGGCUUGGACGCCGCUUUUGGUUUUCAAAACCGUUGAGGGGCCUCGCUUUAUGAAGGGCUAUUCUUUUGUUUUGGGGAAUGCUAUCUGCUUGAUUGUGCUCGCGCAUGUCAUCCAGUUCUUUCUUUCGCGGGAAGAGUAA